AUGGUCGUCCCCGGUCGCCGCUCUCAACCAAAUCAUCGCGUUUCGCCGCCGCCCCCUCCAGAGAAAUCAGACAAUGCAUCCGUAUUAUCGCAGGGCAGUACUACUCCAUCGGAUAUAUCUCCUGCUGUACCUGUAGAAACAAUAUACAAACUCCUCGCAUUCACAUUUGCCAUGAUCUGUGGUCCGCUCGCGGCUUAUUUCUUGAGUGUCAAGACUUUCUUCAGCGGUAAUGCUACGCUUGCCGGAGCAUUGGCAGCGUUGACUGCCAAUGUGGUACUGAUUGCGUAUGUGGUUGUAGCUUGGCAAGAGGACAAGGAGGAUCAGGCAAAGAGGAGAGAGAAGAAGGGUCAGUAA